GAGAGUUCGGCGAGCCUCUUCUGCCCGGAGGUUGACACUCCGCCACCCUCGACAACUGGGAGCAGGAGUCCUCCUGGCACGGCCGAGGGCGCCGACGGUGCGCCGGCGGCGGCUGCGCCGGGAGAUUCUAGAAGGAGCUUGUUUGAUUGCGCCGAAGAUGCUGACGCUACUGGUCCAGCACGCGCAGGAGGCAACGACGCCAGGCUGCCCGACGGCGAAGUCCACGGCGUGGCCCACAGCGCCUCCCUGCCCGCCUCCGAGAUGAAGAAGCUGUUCGAGGAGAAG